UUUCGUGACGCGACUUCCGGGAGUUUGUUCGGGGCGCUCGGCAGGCGGCGGGGAGUGGGGAGUUUGACAGCGGCGGACAAACAAGGACGCGUGGAAGGAGACACACGUUCGUUUCCCUUGUUCUCUGUUCCUCCGUACAGAGGGAGUCCUUCUGUAACCUGCCGAGAACUCUGCCAAUAUGGACGCACCGCAACUCCAGGCUGAUGUGUGAGUUGGCCUCAGACCCAGUCCACCAUCGACAUGGUAGACAUAGAGAGCCCCUACAGCCCUCUGUCCCCGCUGGAGGACUCUGUGCUGAACAGCCCGCUCUACACGGACUUCGUGGUUGCGGGAAACCUCCAAGACAUCUCAGAGCCCAUCAAUGAAGAGGCACUCAGCAACCUAGAUGUAUCCGAGUACCACUCAUCCGGCCUGUGCUCCAGCUCCGAGAGCUCCACGGUGCCAGAUGCUCUAACUCCAGCCUCGAGUCCGUCUUCAGUUGUGUGCGGGGUCGUAGCAGGACAGGAAGAGUUCACCUCUGCUUCUCUAAACCUGGAGUGUCGUGUGUGUGCGGACCGAGCCUCAGGAUAUCAUUAUGGUGUCCAUGCUUGUGAGGGUUGCAAGGGCUUCUUCAGGCGCACGAUCCGCCUCAAGCUAGAUUAUGACAAGUGUGAACGCCACUGCAAAAUCCAAAAGAAGAACCGGAACAAGUGCCAAUACUGCCGCUUUCAAAAGUGCCUAGCUGUGGGCAUGUCCCACAAUGCCAUCCGCUUUGGCCGAAUGCCCCAGUCCGAGAAGCUGAAGCUGAAGGCAGAGAUACUAACUGGGGAGAGGGAGGUGGAGAAUCCUCAGUUAGCUGACCAGAAAACCCUGGCCAAACAGAUCUACGAGGCUUAUCUGAAGAACUUCAGCAUGAACAAAUCUAAAGCGCGGACCAUCCUGACAGGCAAAACAAACACACCACCCUUUGUAAUCCAUGACAUGGAGACUUUGCAUCUAGCUGAGCAGACUCUGGUGGCAAAGAUGGUUGGCACUGCAGGUGGACUGCUUGAUAAGGAUGCAGAAGUGCGGAUCUUCCACUGCUGCCAGUACACGUCGGUGGAGACUGUCACAGAGCUCACUGAGUUUGCCAAGUCUGUUCCAGGCUUCUGCAACCUCGACCUGAAUGACCAGGUAACACUGUUAAAAUAUGGUGUGUAUGAGGCACUCUUUGCCAUGCUGGCCUCUUGCAUGAAUAAAGAUGGAUUGCUGGUUGCCUAUGGCAGUGGCUUCAUCACACGAGAGUUCCUAAAGAGCCUGCGACGACCUAUUAGUGACAUGAUGGAGCCCAAGUUCCAGUUUGCCAUGAAGUUCAAUGCACUGGGACUGGAUGACAGUGACCUGGCCCUGUUUGUGGCAGCCAUCAUCUGCUGUGGAGAUCGCCCAGGCCUGAUGAAUGUCCCAUACAUCGAGCGGAUGCAGGAGAGCAUCGUCCACGUCCUGCAGCUCCACAUACAGAAUAACCACCCAGACAAUUCUUUCCUCUUCCCUAAACUCCUGCAGAAACUAGCUGACCUGCGUCAGCUAGUCACAGAGCAUGCCCAGUUAGUGCAAGAGAUCAAGAAAAUGGAGGACACAUCACUGCAUCCUCUGCUCCAGGAAAUCUACAAAGACAUGUACUAAAGGAUACUCAUGAGCUACUAAAUUGUACAGGGCAUGGUAAAGGCACAAGAGACCAAGGGAGCGGAUUUAGCCCUAAACCUUUUCUAGUGAUUGAGGGCGAGGACUUCUCUGACACCUCAGAUGUUCAUUUGUUCCUAAAAAAUUAGGAAAUGCUCUCAGGGGACUCCGGAAUCUGUCCUUGUUAAAGACACAGCGUAACCCUAUCGGAAGGGCUGCCAACAAACCACUAUGCACAAGAGACAGUGGUGUCCAGAAAGUAAAUGCCAGCCAGCUGUACAGAAGCGAUGGAAAUCAGGUAGAGGGGAUUUCUUUAGAAAGGACCAGUGUCAGGAUAGUCCUAAUUCACACUGCACUAAAGUUUCAUUUGUACUUUUUUUGACUCAUGGUUUAUUAUACUUUCUAAAAAUGUACACUAAUCUACGUGAACUUCUUCAUGGGUUAGAGACUGUGAAAACAAGCCUACAAAAUCAGGCUUGUUGAUACAGCAAUAUGUCCUUUAAACACAAAUAAGGGUACAUUUGCAUGACACAGACCUGGCGAAGCCUUUGUAAAUCCAAAACAUGCAGUAGUGGUAUAGUAAUGGUUUGGUUGUUCAGCAAGAAUAGGAACAUGAAAUCUGUAUUACAUAAAUGUGCAGAAGAUAGCAACAAGUGGGUUCAUAUCAGGUUGAAAAAAAAAAGAAACUACAGGGCUUGUAAAUGUGUUUUCUAAAAAUUCAUAAUAAGUUCACCAACUCAUGAUUAUUAUGUACACAACAGUCAAAUGACCCUUCAUAAUCUUGAAAUAUUUGUGGCAUGAAUGUUAGCAUUUGUUCCUGGGGUUGUAUGAAUCAGGCUGCUCAGUUAGAGUAAAGAUCAUGAGUUGGGGUCAGUUUGUGCCUCUGUUUCUAAAUAUAAUAGACAAGGUAGAGCUGAUAAUGUGUCAGAAGUAUUUCUAGGAUGUUUUAUUAUGUUGCCUCUGAUAUAUUUCCAAGACAGUUUUAUUAACACCUGGUUAGUUUGCUCAGGUCCAAAAUCGUUUGCCUGAUGUCAGCUCAGUGUUUGUCAUUGCAUCAAUGACAGCCAGAUACUGAUGCAGUGAAGCAAUGUAAAAUAUGCACACACACAAAAAAAAUGUUAUUACACUCCUUUUUUUGUAAGCUAAACUUGAUAUUUCACAAGUUCCUACAUUUUGCUAAAAAAAAAAAAAAAAGAAAAGAAAGAAAGAAAUUUAAAAAUGAUUAAUUUGCUUAUGGCAGGGCGCUUUCUUAUUAGUAGCAAAACCACCUUAAAAGCUCUUAAUAGAUUAGUGAUCACCUCUAGACUCUGCGUUCUUUUCUUGGUGUAAACCUGGAUGCAAUAUGUGUAAUACUACCUGUCCUGAUCUUUCUAGUGCUGGCACCCAAGCUUUUCACUGGACUCUACACAUCUAUCCAGUUUCCAUGAGAUGCUCUGCAACACAAAAUCCAGUCAUAUGUCUUGGAACAAAACUAAUUUGCGCCUUUUUCUAGAUUUUUAAAAAGCUAGCAUUUCUGCUGUAAAUGUAGAACUUGAAGCUUAAUAAAGCAGGUCUUUUGGGGCCAUUGGUUGCUGCAAUUUGUUAUUGCAGGAUCUUAUUUCUUUCUGGUGGGAUCUAGUGUCCUCCCUCGGUUUAGCCACAGCUCAACUGUAUUAGUGAGAGGGGCAUUGCGAAAUUCUUCCUGAAGGAGGGCUGAGGAUUUGUGUCGCUCCAGUCUUGCACUCAGAACCCUGCAGCUUCAAGCGGUAAUCAAUGGCUGGGACAAUCAGUGUUUUAAAUAAAUGAAAAAUAAAUGACAGAUUAACACACAAAGCAGUCAAACUACAUUUCCAAUAUGAAAUAAUAAGGAAUCUUUGAUGGGGGUAUUUAUCAAGAAGGCUGGUGGCAGAUUAAUCACGACAAAUUUUUAAUAAACAUUUAGGCCUAUGUGGAGUGAUGAAACACUAUGGCCAAAAGUAUGUGGACACCUGAUCAUCACACCCAUGUUUGUUGAACAUUGAAUUCCAGAUUUAAUCCCCUCCACUCUUCUGGGAAGGCUUUCCAGUAGAUUUUGGAGAGUGGCUGUGGGGAUUUGUGUUCAUUCAGCUACAAGAGCAUUAGUGAGGUCAGGCACUGAUGUCUAGAGGACUGGGGUGCAGUCGGUGUUCCGGUUCAUCCCAAAGGUGUCCAGUGAGGUUGACAUUCGAGUUCUUCCACUUGAACCUUGACAAAUCAUGCCUUCAUGGAGCUUGCUUUGUGCACAGGGGCAUUGUCAUGCUGGAGCAGGUUUGGGCCUCUUAGUUCCAGUGAAGGGAAAUAUUCUAUUUAGUUGUGUGCAUCCAAUUUUGUGGCAACAGUUUGGGGAAGGAACACACGUGUGUGAUGGUCAGGUGUCCACAAACUUAUGGCCAUGCAGUGUAGAUUAGGAGAUGGGUGAUUUUCUGGUGGACACAUUUUAAUUAAAUUUAUUUAGAGGAACACUUUUAUUUAUUUAACUUUCUGAAAUCAGGUGUAGGCAAAGAUGUAAAAAGUAUUUUAAUACAUUAGUACAAUACAAAACUAGUAUGCAAUAGGAUGGAAAGAACAUUCAAUUGCCCUGGUUUAAAUUGGUUUUUAAGGUAAUAAACUAAUCUCCCUUAUGUAAUUUAUAUUUAAUAAGCAAAUAGCCCACAUUUGCGUCAGAAUCAGUUGAACAAAACAUUCGGCCAGAGACCUCAUCAAUAACUGCAUUAGACCAAUAAUUCACAAAUACUUUAGAAAUUGUAAUAUGGCAAGAUAAUCGUCGCACUGUUAACAUUUCCAUGAAAUAUAGGCAGAAAAGUCAAGCCGAUGCUGUUGGGUUAAUUCCUCCUGCCUUUUUUUUUUCUCAAUAAGAAUUUUGCUUUUGGCAUAGAAUUAGUAUAUGCAUGUAUAUAUUUGGCGCAUCUGAAUGUAAGCCUCCAUAUAUGUGAAAGAUUCAAUUAUCUGAGAGAUGAAUGCUCACCUCGCUUCAGGUGCCCCCCCUCUCUCAUGAUACUCAGGUAUCAGAAGAAUAUUCUACUGUACCUGUAUGUUAUGUUUAUAGCAUAUGAUUAGCAUGUAAACUGUCUUAACCAGAACAAUUAAAAAAACAAAACAAAAAAAAAAAACAAGAAAUUAAUUAUUGGUACAUAGCAAACCUUUACGCUGAUCCUUCAAGCUGGAUCUGAAAGUGUUGUAAGAAACGGACAGCUCUACGUUUGUAUUUAUUUUCACAAAUACAGUGACAGUGGCCAUAUUUCCUUUUAAAGGGACCUAAAUGCAAUUUUUGCCUGUAUAUCAUGUGAUAAAUAUUUUGAAAUUGCAUUCAUAUCACCAACAUGGGUAGUGUGGGCACCAUAUACACUUAUAGUUGUUUUUAAUGGUGUAAUAUUUUUAUACUAAAGCAAGACUCUGUUAAUAUAUAAAAUCUUGUCAAAUAGUUGGGAUUUAUUAAAUUGAGUACAAUUUAAAAUAGUGGAAUGGUUAGCCAGCUAGCAGAAUGUACUGUCAUGAAGAGAAACAUCUAUGUGAACAUGUUUUCUAUGUGUCCUAAUCUUCUUUCUGUUGGUGCCACAGCACCGAGGAGAUUUACCCAUUUACCCAGGGGUAGUACUCAGAGAUAGAACCCCUUGUUUUGGAGUGUAUGAAAUCUUAGCCCAUAUGACAGGUUUUAGUCUCAGGUAGAACCUCUAAAACCACAUGCACACUUGACGGUUAUGAUUUUCAAUAACUGACAUCCUGACCUUCGUGUCAUCUAGUGUCUGUUCAUGGUGCUUCCUGUGGACAGUACAGUUAUGUUGGUAGGAAUAGUUCAUUCAUUGUGUAACUUUGUAGUUAUACAAUGAAUGAAAUAGUAUGUGUGUGUUGAUUUUCAUAAUGAGCUGUUUCACUAAAGCUCAUUAAAGCACAUGUAAUUACAUGUUGUAUAAUUACACUAUCCUGCAGUUUCAGCACUUACUGUACUUGCAGUACUGAAAAGAAUUGUCUUAAGACGAAUUGCGAGUUCAAUUAAAUUCAUAAUCCUAGGUUAGUACUAAUAGAUUUACUAUGAUUAGACAUUAUCAUUACAUUAUCAUCACACGUUAUUAUUAUUUAUUAUAAUUGAUGCAUUGGUAUAUGAACAUGUUGUCUUGUCAGUUUGGGUGUGAUUUAUGCUAUUUAUACUUUAAGGAUUGCAGAUAUGUCAGACACAUGGAUGAAAGGAAUCUGAUUUAACUGCCUUUGUCAAACCUAAGCCAAGAGUCAAUAACUGUGCCUUAGCUACAGACUUUCUGAACAUACUGUAUGUUAUUUAACAGUUUGUGGUCAAGGUUGCAAACACAAUUUAAUAGCCCAAAUGCUGCAUUUUUGUUCAUGCUACCCACAGUGACAACAACUGAAAGAAUAUUGGCUUGGUGUGUAAAUGAGUGCUUAGAGAAUAGCAAAUAUGUUGUGGAUUAAAAUAAUAAUUGCACACAUGAAAAUUCCAUUUUGUUUUCAUAAUAUUUUAUUGGAAAGGGAUUUUAACAAUACCGUAUCAGGGGAAAUGUUGCAGAAUGUACGCUAGCACAGGUCAGAACUGGUUAGGCAACAGUUCUUCAGACAGCACAUAACGUCAUUUAAAAGGAAAGAUGUAUACGGAUACAAAAACCUUUUGUCAUUUUUUGACUUCUUUUCAACAGAUUAAUAGGAUGUAUUUAACAAAACCCACACUAUCUGUAAGCAUUAAAAAUCUAUUUGUAAAAUUCAAA